AUGCCUCGAACAUCAUCAACAUCAACACAUGAUCAUGGAAAUUACACAAGGGAGACCUUCUCCUACAAACAUUACGCCUUUGAUAGACACCUAAAUAUUCUCGGUAACUCUCACACAGAUAUAAGUAUGGUAACGUUUCUGAACCGAAGUGUCUUCCCGCUUCAAGAGCCUCAUUCACAACAAGAAACCGCCAGUCCACUCAACAACGGUCACCAUGAAUUAGGAACCGAGAGGCUCUUCACGAGUCAAAUCCUCAGCUCAAUCGUCGUCGUCGUUGCCAACGCCGUCAUUGUGAAGUACACUCAACGUCAUAUUGUAUGUAUAUCGAUGCAAGAGUCAUUCAACCCAUCAAGUAUCAGCUCACUGCCGGGGUCCUCUCCGAGACGAGAAAGGAAACUGCCCGUGCUACUCUCUGUUGUUCUAAGUUGCUUGACAGCUAUUCGCCACGCAGAUAUCCUUUUCCUAUCAACGAACCGCAACACCUCAGUCGACAACUCGGCUCACCUCGGACUCGGAAGCCGCGUGGGCAAAAAGUCCAAUCCGGACGGACGGGCCACCCCAGACCUGCGAACUCUUUUCUCACUUACGCACACAUCUCUCUCCUACUCUCUCCUCUCCGUCCCCUCAUCCGUCCGUCUUUGCACCGCGUGGGUGCCCGUCCGCCCACAAUCCGAUCCAAGAAAGUUUAUCGAGCAACCGAUUCGGGGCGAGUUGCACUCCUUUCCUCAACCCUCCCUCCCCUCCAUCUCCUUCCGCACGGGGACAGUCAGUUCGGUCAGCAGGUCACGCACGGUGGUCCCGUCACCAGAGCGUGCGAGAAACUUUGGCAAGCCAAGGCAAGUCAAGGGGGGAAACAACAACACCACCACCCGUGACGAGGACCCGAAAGAAGACACAAGAAUCACACAAGGCCAAGGGGCGAACACACGGCACACUGCGGACAAUGAUAUGGAACUGGAACUCUUUUACAAUCCCACCGAUUCGGGUCAAGCCAAGCAAAAAGAGAAGACAUUGCCGGCGCGCAAGUGGCAGCAUAUUGACCCCGUCACGGAUACUCCAUUUUCUCUAUCUAUAUUCCUCGCCCGGUACAUUUGCCAGAAACAGGCAAAGGCAUCCCGCAGCCGCCCUUUCCCGUCAAUCAAACCCCACGUACCACCACGCGAUGCUUUUCCACGCGUUCACGACUCGCCGUGUGAUCUGAUUCUCUCCGUACGACAUCCGGGCAUACUCUCUUCCAUGAAUCUGGGACCACCCGGGGCCCUCGCACAUAACGGCAGGCAAAGCCGCUGGGGGGAAGGCGGCCCACUACCGAGCAAAGCGGAAGCCAGCAUGCUGUGUAUAUGA